CCUCCUCCUCCUCCUCUGCAUCAGCACGUACUCUAUCAUCUGCCCGCAUUGCCUAUAUCGAUCGAUCAAGGAUGAGGAAGCCGGCCGAUGCCCUGACGGCGGGCUGUGACCUUAUGACAGGCGGUAUUGGUGGCAGUAACCACAGCAACAGUUGCAAGCUGAGGAAAGGGCUGUGGUCGCCGGAGGAGGACGACAAGCUGAUGAACUACAUGAUGAGGAACGGGCAAGGGUGUUGGAGCGACGUCGCCAGGAAUGCUGGCUUGCAGCGAUGCGGGAAGAGCUGCCGACUCCGGUGGAUCAACUACUUGCGCCCGGAUCUCAAGCGCGGCGCCUUCUCCGUCCAAGAGGAGGAGCUCAUUCUUCACCUUCAUUCCAUCCUCGGCAACAGGUGGUCUCAAAUUGCAGCUCGACUACCCGGCCGCACCGACAACGAGAUCAAGAACUUUUGGAACUCCACCAUCAAAAAGAGACUAAAGAUCUCAUCCUCUGCAUUCUCAGACAACAUUGGGUCAGAGCAGAAGAGUACUAAACUAGAGACCACGAUCGACGAGCAUGAGCAGCAAAAUCAGAGCAUGUGCUUCGACUCGUCGUCGUCUUCGUCCUCGUCGUUGCAGGGCAAUCUGCCGUCUAAUGUCAGCCACUAUGAUCUACUCCCUCUCCCUGAGUUCAGUUGGUGCAAUGCGCCGGGCAGGAUGGAUCACGGCUCCUACUUCCAUGAAGGCCCGACUAGCGUGGCUCAUCAAGUGGCCAUGGCCUGUGGGGCAUAUGGUGGAGUGCAAGGGAUGAUGGAGAUAGAGGAAGGAGCAGGAGAAGGGCUCAUGUCAGGACGUGAAGAUCUGUUCGUGCCUGACAGCGGCCAAGAUCGUCAGGACAAGUACAGCAUGGAUGAUGGGAGUGGAAGAAAUUAUGUGGUGAGCAGUGGCGACAUGAUCAGUAGCCAUGUCGAAGGAGGUGGAUUGGUGGUCAAUUGGGAGGGUGGAGAAAACAACGUUAGAGUGGGGGAGUGGGAGUUGGAGGACUUGAUGAGAGAGGUCCCUUUUCCUUUCCUUGAUUUCCAAGCUGAAUGAUAUGGAGUCAAAUUAUACACACCCCACACGUGUGUCGUCUAGCUCUUUUAAUUUCUCUCUGCCCGGUGCAAAUUCUUCCAUAACUGUAGUCAUUUGAAAAUUAAGCUCAUUUUUACUCCUACACCAAUUGUAUAACACUGUAUACAAAUGAAGUUAUGCAGAUGAGUUCAUGGCGUCGAGUGAUCGAAUUAAAGAGG